AUGUAUCGCGGUAAAACGACCACCCGCCGAGACGCCCGUCCCGCGGCCGACGCCGAGCACCACCCGCCCGCCAAGCCCUCGCUCACCUCGCGGCAUCUCUCCCCGGCCGGCCGCGCAACCGGCACCUCGACAUCCUCCACGGGCGUGGCGGCGGCCGCCACCACUACCGCCAGCAGCAUGCUGCUGCUGACGAUUGAAAGCGUGCCGGCAUGGUACGGCGAGAACCCGCACAUCCGGACCGGCUACCGGCCCGUCUUCGCCGCGGCCGCGCCCUGCUUCCGCAGCUGGACCUACCUGCACAACCAGAGCGGCAACAUCUACACCCACCUCAUCCCCGGCAUCGUCGUCGCCACCCUCGGCAACGCCGCCCUCGCCCGCCACCUCGCCGCCCGCUAUCCCGCCGCCGCCCUCGCCGACCGCGCCGUCCUCCACGUCCACCUCCUCGCCUGCGCCGCCUGCUUCGGCCUGUCCGCCGCCUACCACACCCUGCUCUGCCACUCGCGCGAGCUGGCCGACCUCUGGAUCCGCAUCGACUAUGUCGGCAUCUCUCUCCUCAUCAUGGCCUCGUUUGUGCCGGGCCUGUACAUGGGCUUUUACUGCGAGCCGUGGCUGCUGCGCGGCUAUCUUGGUGCAAUUCUCGUCCUGGGUGCUUUCAAUUCCUACCUAUCCUUGUACGGCAAAAACGAAUCCAAAACUUGGCUCACAUCGCGACUGCUACCAUUUCUUGCUCUGAGCUUUUCCGCCUUUAUUCCCAUCUUUCAUGCCAUACUUCUCUUUCCAUAUGACCAGCUUCAAAAACAGUCUGGCCUCAACUAUUAUUAUCUCGAAGCCGUCUUCAUGCUCAUCGGCGUUGCUUUUCUUGUUUCACGAUUUCCCGAAUGCUGGCUGCCGGGAAGAUUCGACAUUUGGGGGGGCUCCCAUCAAAUCUUUCAUUGCUUUGUAGUUUUGGGCGCGCUGAGCCACUUUGCCGGCAUCCUGUCGGGCUACGAUUAUAACUAUACCCAUCCACGGUGCGGACUUGGACACGCGGCGACUGAAAUGUAG